UCUGCCCAGCAGCCCGGUUCCGGCCCUGCGGGGUCUCGGUUCCGGGUUCGUUGCCCCGGUUCCCGGCCCCGGCCGGUCUCCCGGGCCGGCCCGGCCGCGCACAGCACCCGUCGGGUGUCGGGACUCCCCAGCCCCACCCCAACGGCCCCCUCGCCCUCCGCCGGCCCGGCCCACCUCGCCCCCGGCCCGCGCCGUCCUCGCCGCCCCAUGGAGUCCCAGUGUGACUACUCCAUGUACUUCCCGGCCGUGCCGCUGCCGCCGCGCGCGGAGCUGGCGGGGGACCCGGGCCGGUACCGGGCGCUGCCCCGGCGCAACCAUCUCUACUUGGGGGAGACUGUCCGCUUCCUGCUGGUGCUGCGCUGCCGGGGAGGCGCAGGGUCCGGCGCCGGGGGUGGCGCGGGCUUGGGCUCUCGAGGGGCCUGGGCAGAACUGGCAACGGCCUUGGCCGCCCUGGCGUCGGUCAGCGCCGGGGGCGGGGCGCCCGGGGGCGGUGGGUCCGGAGACCAGGAUCCCGAACCCCCAGGGGGCGGGGAUCCCGGAGGUGGGCCGUUGUUUCGAGGCUGCAGCCCCCUCCUCACCCACGGCCCGGGUCCUGCUACCUCAGGGGGAGCGACCACGCUGCCUGUGGAGGAACCAAUUGUGUCCACAGAUGAGGUCAUCUUCCCACUCACCGUUUCACUGGAUAGACUGCCCCCCGGGACACCUAAGGCCAAGAUUGUAGUGACUGUGUGGAAACGGGAGGUUGAGGCACCAGAGGUCAGAGAUCAAGGCUACUUGCGCUUGUUGCAGACCCGAUCUCCUGGGGAGACAUUCCGGGGCGAGCAGAGCGCUUUCAAGGCCCAAGUGAGCACCCUGCUGACUCUGCUGCCCCCUCCGGUUCUGAAAUGCCGCCAGUUCACUGUGGCUGGAAAACACUUGACCGUGCUCAAGGUGCUGAACAGCUCCUCCCAGGAGGAAAUUUCCAUCUGGGAUAUCCGGAUUCUCCCAAACUUCAAUGCUAGUUAUCUACCUGUCAUGCCUGAUGGCUCUGUGCUGCUGGUGGAUAAUGUCUGUCACCAAUCUGGGGAAGUCUCCAUGGGCUCCUUCUGCCGGCUCCCUGGUACCUCUGGCUGCUUCCCCUGCCCGCUUAGUGCCCUGGAGGAACACAACUUCCUGUUUCAGCUGAGAGGGGGAGAGCAACCCCCUCAAGGAGCCAAGGAGGGCCUAGAAGUUCCCCUGAUUGCUGUGGUUCAGUGGUCCACCCCAAAGCUGCCCUUCACCCAGAGCAUCUACACCCACUACCGCCUGCCCAGCAUCCGCCUGGACCGCCCAUGCUUUGUGAUGACUGCUUCUUGUGAGUCCCCCGUUCGAACUUAUGAGCGGUUCACUGUCACCUACACACUGCUCAACAAUCUCCAAGACUUCCUUGCUGUGAGGCUUGUGUGGACCCCGGAGCAUGCACAGGCUGGUAGCAGCUGUGUGGGGGGGAGCCGGGCCAUGCAGGCAGCCCUGGACUCCAUUGUCUGCCACACGCCCCUCAACAAUCUAGGCUUUUCCCGGAAGGGCAGUGCGCUCACCUUCAGUGUGGCCUUCCAGGCUCUGAGGACAGGGCUCUUUGAGCUGAGCCAGCACAUGAAACUGAAGCUGCAGUUCACCGCCAGUGUGUCCCACCCUCCGCCCGAGGCCCGGCCCCUGUCUCGAAAGAGCAGCCCCAGCAGCCCUGCUGUCCGGGACCUGGUAGAGAGACACCAGGCUAGCUUAGGCCGCUCUCAGUCCUUUUCUCACCAACAGCCCUCCCGGAGCCACCUCAUGAGGUCAGGCAGCGUGAUGGAGCGCAGGGCCAUCACACCUCCUGUGGCCUCCCCCGUGGGCCGCCCCCUCUACCUGCCUCCGGACAAGGCUGUGCUUUCUCUGGACAAGAUUGCCAAGCGCGAGUGCAAGGUCCUGGUGGUGGAGCCUGUCAAGUAGCACCCUGCCGGCUCUCCUCCCUCUUACGCUCCCAGAAACCGAAAGCCCCCUGGAGGGGGCCCUUGCUCCAGACUGUGCCUCCCCUGGGAUGCCUCCCACCAUGGAUGAGGAGGCCCAAGAGGGCCGCCUGUCUGUGUCUGCUGAUGAGGGACAGGGAAGAAGCUGUGAAAUGGGCGGGUAUGGCUGAAGCACUAAGCCAACAGUAUUUCCCCGGCUCCCUGGGGGGGGGCUGGCCCCACCCCAAGGCCAGGGGCAAGGGCUCCGAGAGCUCCCUUGCCCCCCUCCCGCCCAGUACCCUGGUUCUAAGUUUACAAAGUGUAUUCCUUGUUCCUAUUAAGUUGUCUCUCCUGACUCUGACACCCUCCCUCCCACCCACCCGCAGGGCUGAGAUUAGAGGGUGGUGAUGGCAAAGGGACCCUGACAAUGGCCCUCCUGUCUCAGGGGUGAGGGGGGAUAGCCAGGUGGCCUCCUCCUGCCCCUCAUGUUUACGUUUGUUGCCUGAAGCACUUUAAGUUGUGUGGGGGUUUUUUCUUUCUUUGUUUCUUCUUUUUUUUUUUUAUCUCUCUGUUCCUGUAACUUAUUCUCCAACUACUGCUUCCAACUGAAAUAAGACUAUUAAAUGCCUGUUCAGGAGGGAGAAGAA